AUGAGACUUAAUUCAAUCGUAUGUGCUUUCGGUGUUGCUGCCUUGGCUUCUGCUGCCCCAGUUGAUAUCAAUUUGAAAGCGGCUACACAGCAUGAUUUUCCAAAAGGCGAGAAUUUUGGACUACCUGAAGAAUCUAUAUUAGGCUUUAUUGAUUUAGCUAAAGAUAAGGAUGUUAGUGUUUUACAAGUGAAGGAAGGUUUGCUAUUCUUGAAUUCAACUGUUUUACAAAAUUCAAACAUAGAAAUUAAUGGUUCAAGUAUUGAGAAAAGAGAUGCUUCUCCAUGGAAAUGGAUGAAAUUUGGUCGCGGUGGGUCGUAUUGGAAGAGAGAUGCAAGUCCUGACGCUGACGCUGAUGCUGAGCCUUGGAAAUGGAUGAAAUUUGGUCGCGGUGGGUCGUAUUGGAAGAGAGAUGCAAGUCCUGACGCUGACGCUGAUGCUGAGCCUUGGAAAUGGGUGAAAUUUGGUCGUGGCGGUUCGUAUUGGAAGAGAGAUGCAAGCCCUGACGCUGAUGCUGAUGCUGAGCCUUGGAAGUGGAUGAAAUUUGGUCGCGGUGGCUCAUAUUGGAAAAGAGAGGUUAGCAUUGACGCCAACAUACAGACCGGUGCUUAA